AGAUCCAGUUUGGUGCGCCUCCCAGAGGCAUUCCCCGCUAUCGUCGCGUAUGGCUCGAGAGGGUCAGGCUUCCGCGUGGAGGCAUGUCCGUCUCACUGCCUCCGGCGCUGAGAGAUGAUGGCAGGGAUCGGCUCUUGCGCCGCUCCGAGCACAACGCCAGGGCCAGAGAGCAUGCAGCCAAAGUAGCGGGCUUCAAUGAAAGUGAACGGAUCAAGAAGCGAGACGAGUUUCGCAGGGAGCGGAUAGACUCCAAAAGAACAUUCCUAGACUCCCUGCGUGAUCGCGAAGAGAGAUGGGUUUACAAGACGCAGGAAAGCCCUUUCCACGAAGACUUGUGGUCCGAAGACGACAGGAUCUUUCACAUGAAUCAGUACCGCAACAAAGAGCUGCAAUACAAGAACAAGCUGGCUGAGAUCCGACAGAGAGAGGCCUAUGACGCCAUGCGACGUGCGGUCAACGAGCAUAAUGACCUCGAAGUGCUUCGCAGCGAGAGAAGGUUCAACGUGCAGAGCCAAAAGCACUUGAAAGCAAUGAAGGACGUGCAGAAGAAGAACACCAGAGCAGCAAAGGUCAUUGAAGAGCGUAACAAGCGGGAGUUUGAUCGGCAGCAGCAGGCGUUGGAGCGGGCCAUGAGCGACCCCUGUUUGGGCUGAUGGGCGAAGCCAACACCGAAGGCGACCGUCUCACAGUGAAUGCCACUUGCGAGAUCCAUGGCUUCCCCUGUCCUCCCGUGCUGAUCUGCGUUUUGUAGACCAUGGAAUGCAGUAAGCAGC